AUGGGAGCUGGACCCUGGGGGAACCCGCUGCUGCUGCUGGUGGCCCUGGCCCUGGCGGUCAGACUGGGUCAAUUUCAAGGGUGGAGCGGCUUCCAGCAGUCCAUGAGCUGGAAGAAUGUGAACUCCACGCUCAACUUCUUCAUGGAGACCUUCAACAAUAACAGCAAUGACUCCUACCUGUUCCGUGUGGACAAGCUGCUGCGCAGUCAGGUGCAGCUGACAACGGGUGUGGAAUACCUGGUCACUGUGAAGAUUGGACGGACCAAGUGCAAGAGGAAUAUCACGAACAACCUCUCAUGCCCCUUUCAGAGCAAGAAAAAGCUGCAGAAGAGUUUCAUUUGUGACUUUUUGGUGUACACUGUGCCCUGGAUAAACCACUACCAGCUCUGGAACAAUUCCUGCCUGGAGGCCUAG